CCCACUCUGCCCAGCCUGUCUCGGGGUUUUCUGCAGGCUGGUGUGGAGAAGUGCUCCUCUGGGGGGCUUUUCUGCCCCUCGACACGGUUUUGGAGUUGGAGUAUCAGGAGCUAAUAACUCAUCACGCCGGCACUUUGGAGGCUGCCCCUCUGUCCGGGACUCUGAGGAAUACUUCAUCUGCGAACGCUCAAAGUUGAACAGGGCAGUUUGGGUUUGAUGCUGUGCCAGGAAUCUUCUGACAAUGAGUUACUGGAACUUGGAGAAAAAGAACAGCGUGCAGUACCGCAGGCACUUCCUGGUGGACAACAGCCUGUUUCAUGUUGAAAGAUGCAUGAGUGUGAUGCAGUCGGGGACACAGAUGAUCAAACUGAAGCGCGGGACCAAAGGGCUCGUCCGGCUCUUUUACCUGGAUGAGCACCGGACUCGCCUCCGAUGGAGACCCUCUCGGAAGAGCGAGAAGGCAAAAAUUCUUAUUGACUCCAUUUACAAAGUCACUGAGGGCCGACAGUCUGAGAUAUUCCACAGACAGGCUGAGGGGAGCUUCGACCCCAGCUGCUGCUUCACCAUCUACCAUGGCAACCACAUGGAGUCCCUGGAUCUCAUCACCUCCAACCCCGAGGAGGCCCGCACCUGGAUCACAGGCCUCAAGUACCUGAUGGCUGGCAUCAGUGACGAAGACUCUCUUGCUAAAAGGCAGAGGACCCACGACCAGUGGGUGAAGCAGACCUUUGAGGAAGCUGAUAAGAAUGGUGAUGGCUUAUUGAACAUUGAAGAGAUACACCAACUGAUGCAUAAACUAAAUGUCAAUCUGCCGCGGAGAAAAGUCAGACAAAUGUUUCAGGAAGCAGAUACAGAUGAGAAUCAGGGAACUUUGACAUUUGAAGAGUUCUGCGUAUUUUACAAAAUGAUGUCCUUGCGGCGGGACCUGUAUUUGUUGCUCUUGAGCUACAGUGACAAGAAAGACCACCUAACUGUGGAGGAACUGGCUCAGUUUUUGAAGGUGGAGCAAAAGAUGAAUAAUGUGACAACAGACUAUUGUAUUGACGUCAUAAGGAAAUUUGAAGUUUCAGAAGAAAAUAAGGCAAAAAAUGUCCUUGGCAUAGAAGGCUUCACGAACUUCAUGCGUAGUCCUGCUUGUGACAUAUUUAACCCAUUGCACCUUGAAGUGUACCAGGACAUGGAUCAGCCCCUUUGCAACUACUACAUUGCCUCUUCCCACAACACAUACCUGACCGGGGACCAGCUCCUGUCUCAGUCCAAAGUGGACAUGUACGCCCGGGUGCUACAAGAGGGCUGUCGCUGUGUGGAAGUUGACUGUUGGGAUGGCCCCGACGGGGAGCCUGUAGUGCACCAUGGUUAUACUCUGACUUCAAAAAUCCUCUUCAGGGACGUGGUGGAGACCAUCAACAAGCAUGCCUUUGUGAAGAACGAGUUCCCGGUCAUUCUGUCUAUUGAGAAUCACUGCAGCAUCCAGCAGCAAAGGAAGAUUGCUCAGUACCUGAAAGGAAUAUUCCGGGACAAACUCGACUUGUCCUCUGUGGACACCGGAGAGACCAAGCAGCUUCCGAGCCCUCAAAGUCUGAAAGGCAAAAUCCUAGUGAAGGGCAAGAAGCUGCCUUAUCACCUUGGAGAUGAUGCAGAGGAAGGGGAGGUUUCUGAUGAAGACAGCGCAGAUGAAAUUGAAGAUGAGUGCAAGUUCAAGCUCCAUUAUAAUAACGGGACCACUGAGCAUCAGGUGGAAUCUUUCAUCAGGAAAAAACUGGAGUCGUUGUUAAAAGAAUCUCAAAUUCGAGACAAGGAAGAUCCCGAUAGUUUCACGGUGAGGGCGCUGCUGAAGGCCACGCAUGAAGGCUUAAAUGCACACCUGAAGCAGCAUCCAGAUGUGAAGGAGAGUGGAAAGAAAGCACAUGGACGAUCCCUCAUGACCAACUUUGGAAAACAUAAGAAAACCACAAAAUCACGGUCUAAAUCCUGUAAUACUGAAGACGAGGAGGACACACAGCAGAAUCCUGGCAAGGAGACCAGUCAGCUGUGCAGGCUGGGUCGCCGAAGGAAAACCAUGAAGCUUUGUCGAGAACUCUCCGAUUUGGUUGUGUACACAAACUCCGUGGCAGCCCAGGACAUUGUGGAUGAUGGAACCACAGGAAAUGUGUUAUCAUUCAGCGAAACAAGAGCACAUCAGGUGGUUCAGCAGAAAUCAGAGCAGUUCAUGAUUUAUAACCAAAAGCAGCUCACGAGGAUUUAUCCCUCCGCCUACCGCAUCGAUUCCAGUAACUUCAACCCGCUGCCCUACUGGAAUGCAGGUUGCCAGCUAGUGGCGCUGAACUACCAGUCUGAAGGGCGAAUGAUGCAGUUAAAUCGAGCCAAAUUCAAGACGAAUGGCAAUUGCGGCUACGUCCUCAAACCCCAGCAGAUGUGCAAAGGUACUUUCAACCCUUUCUCUGGUGAUCCACUUCCUGCCAACCCCAAAAAGCAGCUCAUCCUGAAAGUGAUCAGUGGACAACAGCUCCCCAAACCUCCGGACUCUAUGUUUGGAGACCGAGGCGAGAUCAUUGAUCCUUUUGUUGAAGUUGAAAUUAUCGGAUUGCCAGUAGAUUGUUGUAAAGAUCAGACUCGUGUGGUAGAUGACAAUGGCUUUAACCCUAUGUGGGAAGAAACGCUGACAUUUACAGUACACAUGCCAGAAAUAGCUUUGGUUCGGUUCCUUGUGUGGGAUCACGAUCCUAUUGGAAGAGACUUUGUUGGGCAAAGAACUGUGACCUUCAGCAGCUUAGUGCCUGGCUACCGGCAUGUCUAUUUGGAAGGACUGACGGAAGCAUCCAUAUUUGUCCACAUAACCAUCAAUGAAAUCUACGGAAAGUGGAGCCCUUUAAUACUCAACCCCAGUUACACUAUAUUGCACUUUCUAGGAGCUACAAAGAACAGACAGCUCCAAGGUCUAAAGGGGCUGUUCAAUAAGAACCCCAGGCACUGUUCUUCAGAAAGCAGCUCCCAUUACGUUCGGAAGCGAUCAAUUGGAGAUAAGAUUCUGCGACGCACAGCCAGUGCUCCAGCCAAAGGAAGGAAAAAGAGCAAAACGGGCUUCCAAGAGAUGGUAGAGAUAAAGGAUUCUGUGUCUGAGGCUGCAAGAGAUCAGGACGGUGUCCUGAGAAGGACCACACGGAGUCUGCAAGCACGCCCUGUGUCCAUGCCUGUUGACAGAAGUCUUCUGGGGGCUUUGUCGCUGCCUGUCUCUGAAACAGCAAAAGACACCGAAGGAAACGAGAAAGCUCUGGCAGAAGAUAAGGAUGGCAGAAGAGAUGGGAAGGCAAGUAUCAACAACCAACAUUUCCCAAAUUUCAACAAAAAGUCAUCCUCUUCUUCCAGCACUCUCCUCCUUAAAGACAUCGACCAAGGGGAAUCUGCCAUUUCUGCUGCCAACUUAUCAAUCACAGAACAGUUGGUACCAGGUCCUAAGAGCGGGAGAACCAAGUCACACGUGUCAAGUGAUUGUGAGAAACACCAGUGCCCCAACAAAUCUCUCUCCCCAAGGCAACAUUUGGCUCGUGAUCCUGUAAUGGGCCUAACACAGGAUCUGGGUGUUGUGAAAACCAAGGAAAAUGGGAAUUCUAGGGACUUUGUGGUAGGGCAAAGCACACUGUCAGGAAGCAUCCUUUCUCAAAGCAACCUGGAGAUUAAGAAGCUGGGAGGUAACUGGGACAAGGGCAGAGCUGCCACAUCUUUUUCUUUGUCAGAUGUCUCUACACUUUGUUCUGACAUACCUGAUUUGCAUUCCACCACGAUUCUGCAGGAGAGUGAAAUUUCCCAUCUGAUUGACAACGUCACUUUAACAAAUGAGAAUGAGCCUGGCAGUUCCAUCUCAGCACUGAUUGGCCAGCUUGAUGAGACUAGCGACCAGGCUAACCUCACAGUUGUUUCUCAUCUUCAGAGCACCAGUGUGGUGUCGGGCCAUCCUCCUUUGCCCACCAUGGACCUCAAAAUGCCCCUCAAGCAUGGCUUUUCCAGUGGAAAACCCGAGUCAUCCUUUUUGUGCUCAUCUCCUGAGCGGAUUGCAUUCUCGGGACCCAAGACCUCUGAAUGCACAACACACACAGUUGUUGGUGAAAAUAUCUACACUCCUGUCUCUAAAACCAAACCAGGUGAUGACCUUCCUGGGAAGGCCAAGACGGGGGCCGUGGAGAAUUACCUGCCUCGGUCCUCUAAUACUUCUCACUCCUGGUUACCGAAAAGUCCCACCAAUGGAAAAGACUGGGAAAUACUGAAGAACCGCAGCCCUGCCACUUCCACUGACUUCACACUGGAAGAUGUAAUAGCAGAUCCUACUCUCUGUUUAAAUUCUGGGGAGAGCAGCCUCGUGGAACUGGAUGGAGACUCAGAAAAUCUGUCUGUAACAACCUAUGACUAUAGGAGAGAGGGCACAAGUCACCUUGCUUCUCCUUUAAAACUGAAGUCCAGUCAGGGUGCAGUGGAACAUUUCCAAAGAGGCUUGAGAAAUGGCUACUGUAAAGAGACUCUCCACCCUUCUGUUUCUGAAAUAUUCAACAAUAUUCAAGAUGUCAAAAGUCAAAAUACUUACCAACUAGCCUAUCAGGGUGCUGGUUUUAUGCAUAACCAUUUCUCAAAUUCAGAUGCAAAAAUGAACCAGACCUCUGGGCCUCUGUCUAGUGUUCAAGACCUGCAUGCCCCUGCCCCUGAGCAGCCCCCACACCCUCCUCUGCCUGCUCUGAAGCUGCCCAGUCCUUGCAAAUCCAAAAGUCUGGGGGACUUAACAUCGGAGGACAUCGCCUGCAAUUUUGAGAGCAAGUACCAGUGUAUUAGUAAGAGUUUCGUAACCACUGGCAUCAGAGACAAGAAGGGUGUGACUGUGAGAACAAAGUCGUUAGAGCCUAUGGAUGCCCUGACCGAGCAGCUGCGGAAGCUCGUGUCCUUUGACCACGAAGAAGGCUGCCAAGGGCUGUUUCCCAAGCAGGAUGCCAGUCACUUCCCCAGGGCGCUGGUCAGGAAGUUGUCAUCGAGGAGUCAGAGCCGAGUGCGCAACAUUGCCAGUCGUGCCAAGGAAAAGCAGGAAGCCAACAAGCAGAAAAGCGUGACCCCCGGCACUGUGGGGGCAGUGGUCCUCCGAAGCAAACCCUCGGCGCCGGCGCCCGCGGGGAACCGGCACUCCACCGGCUCGUACAUCGCGGGCUACCUGCGGAGCGCCAAGGGCGGCGGCGUGGAGGGCCGCGGCGUCCCCGAGGGCGCGUGCGCAGCCCUGCGCGCCCGCCACGCCGACCAGUUCUGUUCCGAUCACUCCGUUUUGCAGACGGAGCCGAGCAGCGAUGAUAAACCGGAAAUUUAUUUUCUCUUGAGACUGUGAAUUACAUAGAGCUGCGUUUUCAAUGUUUACAAGGUAUUCCAUUGUAGAAUGUCUUUUUUCAGUUUUCGGUAAAUAUGGUCCCUGGCUUUGAAUCGGGUUUCAAAUGUAUUUUUAAACUUGUAUUUCCGUCUCCCUUUGACUCCAUGUGUUCUUGUUUGUGCGUUCGUGUAUAGAUUCGGGUGAUGUUUCCCGUGCACCUAUGAUCUUUCCCCUCUGAGGUGUAAACUCUCUUGGUAUGACUUACGUGCAUGCCCUAGAUGUGAAACUUCGCAGCUGCUUGAGUUCUAACGUCUGUAUGUUUCACUCAGAUGCUCUUUACUCUGUGUCCUGAGAUCACAGUCACACGUAGUCAUUUUCACUCUCUGACUAUUGAGUUAAGAGAUUUUUACAAAGGACAAAGGGAUGAAUUCUUUAUUUUAAAGCCAUUGUCUUCGUUCCUGAUUCCCUUCUUUACUGAGAAGCCCAGAUGCAUUUUUAUAACUCAGUAAUAAAAGCUUAAAAGUUACCUUAAAAGAAGAUUAAAAUAGUUACCUUCCCUUUCAAGAUUUCUCUACCCCACUUAGAAGGAGAAUCCAAGGGAGAUGGGUAGGUACACCCCCAACACCCUCUCAUUUUAGAGUAGGCAGUGAGGGUAUAUGAGGAAUAGCACAAACUUUUGUAUAUAAGGACAACACUGUUUUACCUAAAUUUUGUUACAUAUUUUUGCUAAUGGCUUUGUAUGUAACAAGAACACAGUUGCCAAGCCGUUUGUUGUACUUUUGAAUUUUCUGAUUAAAUGACAGACUGCAAAUAAUGGCUUUUAGAAUGAGGGGCUUCCGGCAGAUGCUAACAAUAACAGUAGCACAGAUUGAAACUUCCCAAAGCUUACAAGAAAGAAAAAAUAUUUUCUCAUAAUAAAACCCAAGUGAAUAGAUAAUUAGAAGAAACCUUUUCCCUUCAGGGAGCCACGUAACUAUAUUUUAGUACCAGCAUACAUUAUUUUCACUGUGAAUCCAUUUUUUAUUGCAUGUUCAGAUGUCCCUCUUUGCUUUUUUGUAACAUACCUGCAAUGAUGUUCUUCUUGGAAUUCAUGGAAAUAUAAUUAAAGGAGAUUUUUAAACA